GUGACUGGUUUGACCUCAUAUCUCUAUCCCUAUCAAAAACAGUUAUGCACAUUGAGGUUCACUAGUCAGCACCUAUAUAUAGUAGACUUUAACUAAAAUCUCUCUACGCCUUCAGCAGUGUUCCUCUUCAAGUCUGAUAUUGGAUUGACCUAGGUUAAUACGAUGGUUAAACGACUGAUCAUAGCGGUUUGCUUGCUGGCGAUGUCCUCAGCGUUGUUGAUGCCACCAAAGAUGCCGGUAUUGGCUGGAGACAGACAGCCUCCCCUACCCUGUUGUGUACCUCAGCAAUGGGAGGGCUUACAACACAUGAUCAUGGGGCAAGUGAUUUCAGGACAACCGAACCUGGUGAAUGUGACUUAUCGCCAGUCCUACGACUUCAGCAAUAAGAAACUCGCCCUUGAACUUCUGGGCUCGCCACGGACUAAGGUCAUCCAGGACUACAACAAGAUGAUGCAGUAUGUCAUCUCGGGUCAGAACUGCAGCGCUACAAAGAUCAUCGGGGACAUGUUUCACUGCAUUCCAGCAAGUGCUACCCAUCUCCAGACGUUUUACUUCGGCGGGAUGCAGGGGCUGCUGAUGGACGCGUGGCAGGUCACGGCUCCUGGCCUCGGCGGUGACCUUGUCGUCGAUGUCACCCACGACGGGUGCAUCCCAGUCGCAGAGGUCAUCACCAAUAAGGAGGCUCAGAGCAUGACUGUGCUGACCUACGCUGACAUCACGAUGGGCAUCAGGGACCCUCAGGUGUUCAACGUGCCGAGUCCCCCAUGCCCUGCUAACAAUAACCAGACUGACGGAGCAUUGAAUGCACGCUUCUGGCUCUCUGGACUUUGAAGGCUGGCUUGAUGGAUAGAUGGAAAGAUGAAUCGAUGAAAUGGACAACCGACGAUAUCACUAAUGAAGCCCUCAAUGGAAGAUUUGACUUGAACUCAAUCUGAAACUAUAUACAUAGUUUAAGAUAUAAUUUUAAACAUAUGUCAAUCCAUAAUACUCCUGUACUGCAUCAGCGCUGACGGCACUCCGUGUGUCUCCCCUCCAUCUAGAAGUGUCUGCGGACGACCCCGACUUUACCAGGCAAUAACAACCAUAAACGAGUCAAGUGUGCCGGGAAUAAAGAGCCUAGUUACUGCAACAUCGUCUUCAACUUUCUAAUUUCCUCAGAGUCAUAUCAGUGGAGCCCAGGGGCUUAAGUAUGAUUGACCAUCGCCAAAUAGCAGCUACCCUAGGCUAGGAAAUGAAUAUAAUUUUGGAAACGGCCAGACGUCUAGGUUGCAUCCGCUAUCUUUCGACACCGACGAAAGAUAUUGAAUGUUAUCUGAAACUUCUGCACGUUUUCAACAUCAUAUCCAGUUGCUUGAGUAACUACUAUUUGACAUAUCUUACGUCCUGGGUGUCUAACAUUCAUCGACGCACGAUCAUUGUUGGUUGUUAUAGGAUGUACGAAGGUAAAUUCAACGUGAUUGACCAAGACCUAACCGGUAUUACUAGUGAUUCCCCGUUGCACCUCAUACUUCAAAGUGUUAAGACAUAUUUCACAGCUGUGGAUUAACCUGACACUUAAUCAACAUAACAGCAAUAUCAGUCGUUCUGCAUUAUUGAAGUAAACCGUUCUUUGUUCAUAAAAAGAUAAGUGGCUCUCCUUCCAAAGUUAAAGUUUAUUCAUUCUUACAUGGUCCACACCUCCGGUGUUGUAGAGUUUAUUAGAAGAUAACGCAUAACUCGACAUGAUUUAAAAAAGCACAAAGCUACCUUA